UGCAUCUAAUGUGUCAACUUGCACUGUUGAUUUUCACGAAACUAAUUAGGAGAUUUAUUGUCACCUUGUAAUCGUACGAUGACUAUGAACAACAGAUAAUGUUCUUAUGGUGUUAUAUUUUUAGUGACGUUAUUCGAGAGGAAUAUUAAAGUACACAAGAUUACAAACGUGUAAUAGGAAAUUAACGUCAACACAAACAUGGCAGAAGCGGAAGAUGCGAAACUUGAUUUUAAAGUUACGAUGGAAUAUGCUGAUCCUCAAAAUAUUGAGGGUGAGAUGACAGUAGGACCCAAACAAAAAGCAAAUCUUGGAGAACCUGACUUUAAUACUUUAGAUGAACCAAUCAGAGAUACAAUUCUUAGGGAUGUUCGUGCAGUAGGCAAAAAGUUUUAUCUUGUUUUUGCUCUGAAUGAUACAAAGGGUUUAUUGAAAGAAUGGGAUCUUUGGGGACCAUUAGUAUUAUGUACAUUCAUGGCAAUGGCAUUACAAGGUUCUUCUGAUAAAGCAAACAAUUCAAAUGAGGGGGGACCAGAAUUUGCACAGGUUUUUGUGAUCGUUUGGAUUGGAUCUAUGAUCGUUACAUUAAAUUCCAAAUUGCUGGGUGGCAAUAUAUCUUUCUUCCAAAGCAUUUGUGUCUUAGGAUACUGUUUGUUACCAACCGCCAUUGCUUUAAUUAUUUGUAGAAUUUUAUUGAUGGUGGAACAAACUACUGAUUUAUUUAGUCUAAGGUUUUAUAUCACUAUGCUGGGAUUCGUAUGGGCUGCAUAUGCAUCAAUGGCGUUUCUUGAUGAUAGCCAACCAUAUGGGAGAAAAGCUUUAGCUGUCUAUCCAAUAUUUUUAUUCUAUUUUGUCAUUUCAUGGUUGGUUUUAUCUCGUACUAGAUAAAAUAAAGUAUAACUCAAUCAUAAUGCCGGACUGUACAUUAUUCCAUAUUUAUGCACAAUGUAACAAAGAAACUGAAAGGUAAGCAGAGCAUUGCUUGCAGUGUACUUUAAAACUUUUUUUAAUAUAAACAUACGUCUUGGA